AUGCUCUCACUCAUUGGCUACUUUUUGCGUUACAAGAUGUGAGUCUCUUAAAAUUCUUCCUCGAGUUUUAUUUCCUCUGAAAACUUUGGAAACCUAUGAUCUUCUCGGACCUACGUAACGAAAACUGGACGUUUCCGAGAAAUUCUAGGGAUCCCUUAAGAGUUCUGACCCUACUAAAGGGGUCACUAGAAAUGCCCCGAUUGUCAAAUGCAACCGUAGAGUUAUGUAAAAAAAAACAAACUCAAAAAUCAGAGAGCAGCUGACCGACGAUGACGUCAUCACCUAUUCGUGUUCAUUCGUUUUGGCAAGCGUCAUGGCGGCGCUGUGCAACCUUUGGCCGAUACUGUACUCGGCUGAGUUUGUCCAAACCAGAGACCCCAAAAACAGCCGUCGUUCUCAGAGUUCUGCUCACCUUCCUGCUCAUUCUUCUGAUCACCUUCGUCGUCCAGCUCAUCAUUCGGGCUUCCAGUAUGACAGUACAAUCCAUGUUCAUUAUUAUCUCAGGUAAUGAUGCAAUUCUAGUCAAACUGAACUACCUAUAAAUUUUCGAGGGAUCGCUAUAGGGGUUAGGGGGAUAAAUAGUCCCUAUAGGGGCCUAAAAAGUGGUCCCUAAAGAGAUAAAACCAAGGUGGUCCCUAUAGGGGUUUAGGGUUUGCCCCAUUUUCCCUAAAGCUUAAGUGGUCCCUAUAGUGGUCUUCAAAUUGUAUUCGAAAAACGCUUACGUGUCGAAUGAAAAUGCUUUUUCGCAUAGAGUUUCAUGAAAAUUAUCGACUAUCAUGUCCCCUAGAGGGACCAUUAACUGAAAGCCCCCCAGAGACUACUUUUUGAAACGUUUGAGGUCCCUAUAGGGGUUGGUAAAAUGACCCUCCAAGGACCCUCAAGGUUGCCCCUAUAGGGACCACUCUAGAGCUUCCUACAGGAAACGUGGUCUGUGCCCUGGCAAGUCUGAUAGACCUUCCCGUACUUUUGGCUACAGAAGUUUUCAUCUGCUCAGCUCUUUCUCAGUUGUUUUUCCUCGUUAUGCAGCUGGAGUACAAGAACACAGUUGGUGGAGCUCUGUACGGUGAUUCGGGAUAAAAUCUCGACUCGAAUCAAACUUCGUUCUUCAGGUACCAUCAUAUGUCUGGGUUGGAGCGUGGCCAUGACUUGUGGACUUUCUUGGAAAGCUGGUCUCAUAUUUUUAGGAGGUUUUAUUCUUCAAUUUCUACAUUUUUCACUCAAUUUUAAGGAAUGACGCCUGUUUCUCUCGUUUAUUUCGUGCUGGCCAAAAAAACUGCGUUUCUAUUGAAGCAAAAAUAA